UCACAGAGAAGAACUACAACUUCUGAUGCUACUAUUAAUUCACUUUUAGCUUUAGCUCCUGCGGUUAUAAAUUGCUCAACAAAUGGAUUGUUUUCUAAUAGUUCAUCUUAUAACACUUUGAGCAUUUCAGCAUUCAAAUUUGAAAAUAUUUCUUGUCUUCUUUGA